ACCCUCUUCCUUGGGGCGCCCAGAGCAGGAGGUACUACACAAAUGACACCAUUGAGAAAGUGUUCUAUUUAAUUCAUCUCUUCCUAUUAUCCCUGCACUUUUGUGCUGGGGAAAAAAAUAUGAAUCAUCCUUUUGGAAAAGAAGAAACUGCUUCCCAGCAGCAACUAUUUGAAUUUUUCUGUGAGUGUCUGCGUAGAGGAGACUGGGAUUUGGCGCAGGCAUGCGUUCCACAACUACAGGAGGCACAUGGGAAUAUCCCAAAGAAGGUGGAGGACCUGCUGCUGGCUCUGGUGGUGUGUCCAAAUGAGCUGAGAUGUGGACAAGACUUGAAUCCUCAAAGACUAGCUUGGAUCUGGCUUCUUGUACUGGAAAAAUGGUUGGCUCGAGAAAAGAAGUUACUCUCGACUAUUUUCCGGAGAAAGCUUGAGUUUCUCUUGUUGUCGGAACACCUCCCUGGUGACAUUUCAGAGGACAUCCUCAAGGAGCUCUACGAGGCCUUAGCAAAAGCCACAGUAUGCCCUGUUCUACAUGGAGACAGGAGGCAGAAGAGCUGCACCCCUGAGCUCAGCUCACCAGCCCUCUCUGUGCUCUGGGAUCUUCUGAGGCAAGCACCUGGGCCAGCACAGGCCCUGCUGGAGCUCCUGCUGGAGGAGGAGGAUGGCACUGGCCUCUGUGGCUGGCUCCAGAAGGCACUGGUGGACCUUAUUUGCAAGGCUUUGCGAGAUUUGCAGAAUUCGGCCACCACCUCUCCAGGCGUCGUAGAUGCAGUCUAUGGAGCCCUACGGACUCUGCGUUGCCCUGCAGAGCCACAGGGGGCCGAGCUUCGGGUCCUGUGUGAAGAGCUGGUGGAGGCCUGCAGGACAGAGGGGUCCCCCCUACACGAGGAGCAGCUGCUGGGGUGCCUACUGCACAGGGCCGGGAGGGGGCUGAUCACCCUCUACAGCCACACCUUUGCCGAGAAGGACACAGAAAAGUCACUGAAGGUCACCCUGUCAGGAAAAGUUUCACCAGAUCACCUGGAUCCUGAGCAGACAGUUCUAGCUCUGUUCUCUAAUACUGAUCCAGCCCAGGCUUGGAAAUCAGCCUAUUUCUACUGCCUGGCCAACAAUAAACACUUCCUGGAACAGAUCCUGCUGACAGCACUUACACUGUUGAAAGAGGAAGACUUCCCCAGUCUCGGCCGCCUGCUCAGUAGAGAAUUCAAACCUCUCGGUCGACUGCUUGUCCUCUUGGGCUGGACACACUGCCAGAGCUUGGAUUCAGCCAAGCAGCUGCUACACACAGUCCACACUUCCCAGGACCAAAGCAGUGACAAGCUCCUCGGGGAUGCUUGUGAGGGGCUGUGGGCACACCUGGAGGUUUUGGAGUGGUGCGUGCAACAGAGCAGCAACCCCAUACCAAAGAGAGAUCUCUUAUACCAUUUACACGGUGGAGACAACCACUCAGUGCUUUACUCGCUUCAUCAUCUUACCAACCUUCCAGCACUCAGGGAGGAAGAGGUCCUCAAACUCUUACAGAAAGUGCCAGUCAAAGACCCCCAGCAAGAGCACGAUGCAACUGACACCCUGGUACCCGAGCAUCGGAGCCACAGCCACAACCUGACCCUCUACCAGAGCUUCUGUGCCAUGAAGUACGCCAUCUAUGCACUCUGUGUCAACUCACACCAGCAUUCCCAGUGCCAGGAAUGCAAAGACACUCCCUCCGAGGACCCGAAUUUAAUGGUGGAGCCAGCAGAUGAGCCUCCGUCGUCCCCAGGUGCUUCUGAUCUCUUCACAACAUACAUGGCCAGGUGUCAACACUUCCUGUGCAGGGUCCCUGACUCUUUGUGCUUGGAACUUCUGGAAAACAUCUUUUCGUUGCUCCUGAUUACAUCUGCCGAUCUCUACCCAGAACCUCCCCUGCCCGAGGACUAUGUGGAGGAUGACGAUGUGGAGGGCAAGGGCCACGAGGUCUGUCCGUCUCCGGCAGAGAGCCCUCAGCACAUGCCACCGCCUGAGAAGAAGGCAGAACGGGCUGCACCCUGCAUUUCUAGAUGUCUUGCUUACCCCGUUCCAGACUGUCUGAAAGCAGAAUCCAAAGACCCUGGGCCUCGGGGGAGCAGCUUUUUGGACCUCAGGCACAUGACCAGGGGUGUCACUGGGUUCCUGGCCAACGAACGUGCAUUGGGGGCUUUCCUUGGACUACUCCAGGAACAGCUGGAUGCUCUAAGCAGCCGCAUUUCCCCACAGAAGACACAACCUCCAGAAGGCCCAAACUGCUCAGGGAGCAGAGCCGGGCUGCAGGGCCGUGUGCACCGCUUCUCCAAGAUUCUCUCUGAGGCACAAUGGAGGUUCAAGGUGGUAAAGAGCAACCGGAGCUCAGAAGAACAACCUUCUCGAAGAUAUCGGCCUAUUGUUUCACAGCACCCAGGUCUCCGUCGGGGGCGGCGGACAAGAAAGAGUCGUGCAGAAGGCCGGGACAGAGGUUCGAACCCAUCCUUGGAAAGUACAAGUAGUGAACUGAGCACAAGCACUUCAGAGGGGAGCCUGAGCGCUGUAUCUGGGAGGAAUGAGCCAGCUGGCCAGUUGCAGCCUCAGAGUUCCCUCCUGCCCAUGAUGUUCUCCCCACCGGAGUCACUGCUGGCAUCCUGCAUCCUCCGGGGAAACUUUGCAGAAGCCCAUCAGGUGGUGUUCAUGUUCGACCUGAAGUCCUCUCCCAGUUCAGGAGAGCUCAUAUUCAUGGAACGCUACCAGGAGGUGAUCCAGGAGUUGGCCCGUGUAGAACACAAAAUUGAAAACCAGAACUCAGACACCGGUAGCAGCACCUCCCGCAGAACCAGCAGUGGCCGCUCAACGCUCCAGGCCAUUGGCAGCGCAGCAGCCGCAGGAAUGGUAUUUUACUCCAUCUCUGACGUCACCGACAAACUGCUUGGCACCUCUGGAGACCCCAUCCCCGUGCUCCAGGAGGACUUUUGGAUGAACAGCAGCCUGGUGGAGCGAACGCCUCCCCUGCAGGAAGUUCUGGCAGACCUCAGCCCCGCCGCCAUGGCUGCAUUUGACCUGGCGUGCUCUCAGUGCCAGCUCUGGAAAACCUGUAAGCAGCUCCUGGAGACGGCUGAGCGGCGUCUGCACAGCAGCCUGGAGAGUCGGGGUCGACGGCUAGACCAUUCUCCCCUCAAUGCGGAAGGCCUUCGUGGUUUUCCUGCUGUUCUGCAACAAAUCAGUAAAAUUCUCAACUACUCACUUACAUCAGCUGGACAGGCGAAAUCUGAAAGUGCCGAGGAAAAGGGAGGAGGCGCUCCUCGGUGCAGCAUUGCCGAGCUCCUUCAGAUGAACUGGCCCAGCCUAACCGAGGACUGUGUUGCCAGCCACAUCACACUCGCUCAGCAGCUGGAUCAGGUUGUGUCGGUGCUAAGAGAGGGACUCGAGCUGCCAGCCUCGAAGAGUACUCCGCUGGCCUCCCUGAUGGAGCAGGUGGCCCAGAAGGCUCCAGAAGCAGAGUCCCACCCUGUCCACAUUCAGACUCAGCUCCUCCAGAAGCACCUGGGUAGACAGCAUCCAGCAGGUGGCAGACAGACUAACUACCUGGGCACAUUCUUUAGCUACUGCAGUACCUUGGCCACUGUUCUCCUUCGGAGUUUGAGCUCUGAAUCUGAUCAUGUGGAGAUCAAGGUAGGCAAUCCCUUUGUUCUCCUGCAGCAGAACUCUUCCCAGCUGGUGUCACACCUCCUGCAUGAGAAACAGGUUCCCCCAGACAGGCUUUCAGCCCUUUUGGGCCAAGAAGGUCUCAGUCUGAGUGUGCCACAGGUCAUUGUCAACUGCUGCUGUGACCCCUUGGCCCUGUGCCCUGCUAAGCAGAGCCAGCAGACAACCUCCCUUCUCACCCACCUGGGCACCGUGGCCCAGCUGCAUGUCUCUCGAUGCCUUGAAGACCUGGCACUGCCCCCACUAGGCCUGCCAGGACCCGCAGAGGAUCUCACCUCAGAGAGGAAAAGCUGCUACUCUCAAAGGGAUUCAUCCCCCGUGGCCCUCACCUCCUCAGCCUUGGCCUUCCUCAAGUCCAGCUCCAAGCUGCUGGCCACUGCGGCCUGUCUGAGGGCUCCCCGGGCCUCCAAGGUCACCAAGCCCAUCUUGUCCUGGAAGGAAUUCCGUGGCCUCAGAGAGGGGCCUCUAACCCCGGAACAGGUGUCACGGGAGUGCGAGCUCCUCCUGGAACAAUUUCCUAUGCUGGAGGCCUCCCUGUUGGCUGCCUGGGAGCCCCUCCGGACACCUUCCCAGCAGGGGCAGAAUCUGGCAUCCAGUCUGUGUGGCCAGCCCAGCAUCCCAACUGUCCUCCUGGGCUUGCAUGCUUCAAAUGCCCUUGAGGUUCUCACUGAGGCCUUCAACGAAGCUCUGGAGGCCAGAGAUUGGCUGCGGGCCCUUUGUCUCCUUGAAGCAUACGGGCAGGACAGGGAAGCGCUGAGCAGCAUAAAGGAUGCUGUGUUGAGUUGUGCCGCAGCCUAUGACACAGAAGGUUGGCAAUACCUCUUUCCUAUAAAGGAUGCGUCUAUGAGAAGUCAGCUCACCCUGCAGUUUGUGGACCGCUGGCCUCUAGAGUCCUGCCUGGAGAUCUUGGCCUACUGUCUUUCAGACCUAGCAGUCAAGGAUGGACUCAGGUGUGAGCUCCAGAGAAAGCUGGCAGAGCUGCGGAUCUAUCAGAAGAUUCUAGGUUUACAGGAGACCCCGGUGUGGAGUGGCUGGCAGGCCCUGAGGAACUGUUGCAUGGAAGACCCUUCCACUGUCAUGCACAUGAUUCUAGAAGCAAAGGAAUAUGAGCUCUGUGAGGAGUGGGGCUUCCUCUACCCAAUUCCAAGGGAACAUUUGAUCAGCCUCCAUCAAAAGCAUCUUCUCCACCUGCUGGAAAGAGGAGAUCAUGAGAAAGCUCUGCAGCUCUUGCAAAGAAUUCCUGAUGCCUCCAUGUGCCUUGAGGUCACAGAGCAGUCCCUGGAUCUUCACCCCAGUUUGGCCACUUGUCACUUCCUGGCCAACUACCUCACUACCCACUUCUAUGGAGACCUGACUGCUGUUCGUCACCGUGAAAUCCAGGCACUGUACAUGGGAUCCAAGGUUCUGCUGACUCUGCCUGAGCAGCACCGAGCCAGCUAUGCCCACUUGUCCACUAGCCCCCUGCUCAUGCUGGAACAGCUACUCAUGAACAUGCAGGUGGAUUGGGCCACUGUGGCUGUACAGACACUGCACCAGCUGCUGGACAGCCUGGACAUUGGCUUCACCAUGGACCAGGUUGACUCUCUUCUUUCCAGAUAUGCAGGGAAAGCCCUGGACUUCCCUUACUCUCUGAGGGAGAAGCGAUCAGAUUCUGUGAGUCAACUCCAGGACCUUGUGGGUCAAACUUCAGACCUCGAGACCCUGUCUAAGUCACCUUCUGUGGAGUUUCCUCCUGCUGCUGUACCUGGCAACUUGCUUGUACAUUCACCCUGCGUGAGGGAGAAGUGCUUCCCACAGGGCCUACCCCCGCUGGACUUUGUGCCCCCGGCCACCCCCCCUGCCAGGCACCAGUGGGUCCCCGAUGAGACGGAAAGUGUCUGCAUGGUCUGCCGCAGGGAACACUUCACCAUGUUCAACAGGCGUCAUCAUUGUCGCCGCUGUGGCCGGCUGGUGUGCAGUUCCUGCUCCACUCAGAAAAUGGUGGUGGACGGCUGCAGAGAGAACCCUGCUCGUGUGUGCGACCAGUGCUAUAGCUACUACAACCAAGAUGUGCCAAAGGAUAGUCCAGGACAACCAGAAGUACCAGACAAGUUCGAGAGUGAGACCCCCCCUUACUCAGCUGUGGUGAAGGUGCCCAAAGCAGCGGAGAUCGAAUGGAUUUUGGAUCUGAACGAGGAGGAAAACGAGCUGGUACGGAGUGAAUUCUACUAUGAGCAGGCCCCCAGCGCCUCCUUGUGCAUCGCCAUCCUGAACCUGCACCGUGACGGUGUUGCUUGUGGCCACCAGUUGAUCGAGCACUGCUGCAAGCUGUCCCAGCGCCUCACCAACCCAGAGGUGGAUGCCGGGCUGCUCACCGACAUCAUGAAGCAGCUGCUCUUCAGCGCCAAGAUGCUGUUCGUCAAGGCUGGCUGUAGCCAGGAUCUGGCUCUCUGCGACAGCUACAUCAGCAAGGUAGACGUGCUGAAUAUCUUAGUGGCUGCUGCCUAUCGCCAUGUGCCAUCUCUGGAUCAGCUCUUGCAGCCGGCUGCAGUCACCAGGCUAAGGAACCAGCUGUUGGAGGCUGAGUACUACCAGCUGGGGGUUGAGGUCUCCACAAAGACUGGGCUUGACACCACUGGAGCAUGGCACGCUUGGGGCAUGGCCUGCCUCAAAGCGGGGAACCUCACUGCUGCCCGGGAAAAGUUCAGUCGCUGUCUCAAGCCCCCCUUGGACCUAAAUCAGCUGAGUCAUGGCUCCAGACUGGUACAGGAUGUGGUUGAAUAUCUGGAGUCCACUGUGAGGCCGCUCCUAUCCUUGCAAGAUGACGACUACUUGGCCACUCUGAAGGAACUGGAAGCCACUCUGCGGACCCAGAGCCUGUCUCUGGAGGUGGUACCCGAAGGCAAGAUCAUGAACAACACUUACUACCAAGAAUGCCUCUUCUACCUGCACACCUACAGCACCCACCUGGCCAUCAUCAGCUUCUACGUGAGGCAUAACUGCCUGCGGGAAGCACUCCUACACCUCCUCAACAAGGAGAGUCCUCCAGACGUCUUCAUAGAAGGCAUUUUCCAGCCCUGUUAUAAAAGUGGGAAGCUACAUGUCUUGGAAAACUUGCUAGAAUCCAUUGAUCCAACCUUGGAGAGCUGGGGAAACUACUUGAUAGCCGCCUGCCAACAUUUACAGAAGAAGAACUACUACCACAUUCUUUACGAGCUGCAGCAGUUUAUGAAGGACCAAGUCCGGGCCGCCAUGACCUGUAUCUGGUUCUUCAGUCACAAGGCAAAAACCUACACGGAACUGGGUGAGAAGCUCUCUUGGCUGCUGAAGGCGAAGGACCACCUGAAGAUCUACCUCCAAGAAACAUCCCGCAGUGCCCGGAGAAAGAAAGCGGCCUUCUUCAGGAAGAAGAUGACUGCAGCUGACGUGUCCAGGCACAUGAACACGCUCCAACUGCAGAUGGAGGUGACCAGGUUCUUACAUCGGUGCGAGAGUGCUGGCACCUCCCAAGUCACCGCUUUGCCUCUGCCAACCCUGUUUGGAAAUAACCUCAUGAAAAUGGAUGUGGCUUGCAAGGUCAUGCUAGGAGGGAAGAACAUCGAAGAAGGCUUUGGAAUCGCUUUCCGAGUUCUGCAGGACUUCCAGCUGGACGCAGCCACCACCUACUGCAGAGCCGCACGGCAGCUGGUGGAGAGGGAGAAAUACGGUGAGAUCCGGCAGCUGCUCCAGUGUGUCAGCGAGUCGGGCCUGGGGACUCAGAGCGACAGGGACACCAUCCUCCUCAACUGUCUGGAAGCUUUCAGGAGAAUUCCGCCCCAGGAGCUGGAGGGCCUGAUCCAGGCGAUGCACAGUGAUGACAACAAGGUCCAAGCCUAUUUGACUUGCUGCAAAUUGCGCUCUGCUUACUUGAUCGCCGUGAAGCAGGAGCACUCUCGGGCCACUACCCUGGUGCAGCAGGUGCAGCAGGCGGCCGCAAGCAGCGGGGAUGCCGUCGUGAAGGACAUCUGUACCCAGUGGCUGCUGACGAGUCGCCCUCGGGGUGCCCAUAGCUCCGGUUCCAGGAAGUGACCGUGGGCCUCUGGCCCCGUAAUUGGAACAGGGGAGACGGGGAGACUCUCUCUUCCUCUCUCCAGAACAUUGCACAUGCCUGGCUCUGCCCCAGGCAUUCAAGAGCAGACCUGGGCCCAGCUCUCUAUCUUAGUCCAGCCCAGGAGCUUUCACACAAGUGCCACGUGUCUAUGAGAUUACGGACUCUGCGUCUGUCUGGAGAUCGUCGAUUCUUUCUACCUCAGUGUGAGUGAGUUUGUGUGUGUGUGUGCAUCUUUGCACAUUUGUGUUUACACCCAAGCAUUUCUGAACAAACGAAACCCUGCAAAGAGGCACUUUACUUUAGACUCCCUCGUCUGAAGACCUCCCCCCUACGUUUUGGUUCUUAGCCACAUCUUCCUGUCUGUGCACGGAGUCCCCCCUGUGGAAACACCCUAAGAGUUCUUCACAGCUUCCAUUUUUCUUGGGACUGACGGGAGCGCCACAAGGAUCGCUAUUUUGCCUUCCUCCUGCAAACCCCCCAAUUUUUUUUUUCAGAGAUGGCUUUGGGGCACUUGCUAACCCUCAAAUAAAACUACUUCAAGUAUCUUCUCUCACAAGCACAAGUAGUCUGUGGAAGACAGUGUUACAGAAAGGACCUCUGAAAGCUGUGGCUGUUACAUACAGGAGGCAUGGAGUCCCACAGAGCUGCCUUUGCGAG